AUGGCAAAAAUUAAGAAUCUAUCGAUAAACAUCCCAUUGCUCGUGGAGAUCCAAGACAUCCCAGGAUACGCUAAGCUAAUGAAAAAUUUGAUGUCCAAAAACAAUCUUUUCAAAGGUGACACCAUGGAGGUCACUCAUGGGUGUAGUGCUAUUAUGGUUAGUAAGGUUGCGGAAAACCAAGAAGAUCCUAGAGCGUUCACCAUUCCUUGCAUAACAGGGACACAUGAGUUUGCAAAAUCUCUAUGUGACCUUGGUGCAAGCAUAAACUUAAUGCCUUUUGUCAUCUACAAGAAUCUUGAAUUGGAUACCCCAACACCAACCUCUAUGCGACUCUUAAUGACAGAUCGGUGUAUCAAAAAUCCAGUGGAAAUUUUUUUUGAUGUCCUUGUUAAAGUGGGCAGAUUUAUACUUCCGGCGGAUUUUGUUGUAUUGGAUUGCAAAAUGGAACAAGAGGUACCGAUCAUCCUUGGCCUCCCCUUAGCUAUCGGCAGAGCCAUUAUCGAUUUGGAUAUGGGGGAAAUAAAGCUUAGGGUACAAAAAGAUAAGGUCUCUUUCAAAAUAUGCAAGACAAAAAAGCAAAUCGUGGAUCUCCAAGUUGUUUCCGUGGUGAAUGUGGAGAGUGAAAGGGCGAAUGAGGAGGGGCUUGAUGACCCACCUUUAAUAUGGAUAAAGAAAGACGUUGUGCCACAACGUUAA